AGAAUAUUUAAAAAGUCCGAAAAUUCUUUAAUAACUUUCCAUAAUUUUUUUUUAGCUGGCCCACUUACUGCCAAGCAGAUUGGCCCGCUCCGUUCAUUAGCAAAGUAAACAAAACACAAAUUCUUGUUAUGCCGGUGGUGGGUGGGUGGUUGGUUGUUGGCAGCAGUCAGUGAUGAUGGGAGGCUGUUGAAACGAAGUGAGGAACAUGCCAACAUCAUGUCCGAUAUCUGUUGCUUCCCUUUUCCGCUUUUCUCUGUGUUUUGCCCACUUCCAGUGGCGAAUGACAGCGACAAGAUGUUUGUAGAGCUGUUCUUACGUUGCACAUAUUCUUGAGGGUAUUUGCCCGUAAGAUUUCAUACAUCUGACGAUGGUGGCUGGUAAAAUUGUUUCAGAACUCAGUAUAGCUCCAGCGUUUGGUCAUAUUGAAGGCAUCGCUGUUCUCUCUUCCACUCUGCCAGCUAUAUUCGGUUGGAGGUUGUUGUGCGUGGAUAACUUUUUCAUUUCGAAAAUAAUCGAAUUUUGUGAUCACGAGUUACUCACAGUAGCAGCGUUGUAAUCAUUGACGACAUUGCAUACCGACAGGCCUUCAAAGUUUUUGUGAGAAGAGGAGAAAGGGGAAGGCCGGUUGUGGUUGUUCCUCUGCGUGACACACAGCCAUGUUUGUUUACAAUUUCUUUCAACGGCGCUUCGAUAUGACGCGCUACAAGCAGACAGAAUUCUCGGAGGAAGAUAGCAGUUCCAUGGGUGGCGUUCAAUUGAACGAGCCCGGCAUUAGCACUGGAAUGCAGAUACGUUAUCAUACCGCUCGGGCAACAUUAAACUGGCGUUCAAGGAACCGUGUUGAAAAAUGGCUUAUGGCAACAACAAUAGUUUUAUCCUUCAUUAUAAUCACCCUGCUGAUAGUUAUUUUCCAAAGAGAGGCAGAGAAAACCACACGUAUUCUGCAUGUGGAGCCACACAAAGAUCCUGAGAUGCCAUGCCUCAAUGAGCAUUGUAUAUUUGCCUCGAAUGACAUACUAAAUUCCAUAGACCGAAGUGUCAAUCCCUGUGAUGAUUUCUAUGGCUAUGCAUGCAAUCAAUGGGUUAAAAACAAUCCCAUACCAGAUGGCAAGAGUUCCUGGGGUACCUUCAGCAACAUAGAACAACGUAAUCAGUUGAUUAUUAAGAAUAUACUGGAGAGGCCCAUGAAAUCGUUUACCUCCGAAGCCGAGAAGAAGGCCAAAAUCUACUAUGAAUCCUGUUUGGAUCGCAACGAUCAGUUGGAGAAGUUGGGCGCCAAACCCAUGGUUUCGUUUCUAUGGAAAAUUGGUGGUUGGAAUGUUUCACACACAGGCUUCAAUAUGGGUCAAUGGUCAUUGGCGAAAACCUUGAAAACUCUGCAAAAUAGAUAUAACAUUAAUUGCCUCUUUGGCUGGGCCAUUGGCGAGGAUGACAAGAACUCUACGCGCCACAUAAUACAAAUCGAUCAGGGCGGUUUGACACUGCCAACACCGGAGUAUUAUGAAAAUCGCACCGAAAUACAUCGCAAAGUUCUCAAGGAGUACAUUGAGUAUAUGACCAAAGUAUGCGUGCUGUUGGGCGCCAAUGAGACCGAUGCCCGGCGCCAAAUGCAAGAGGUUAUGGAUUUUGAAACAAAAAUUGCAAAUAUCACCAUACCGCUGGAGGAGAGGCGAAAUGAGGAGGCCAUGUAUCAUCCCAUGAAAUUGUCGGAAUUGGAUAAAUUGGCGCCGUUCAUAAAUUGGACCGAACAUUUAGAUCAUGCCAUGGAGUUGGUGGGUAGAAGGGUCACUCAGCGGGAGGUGGUUGUUGUCUAUGCUCCGGAAUUUUUGAAAAAGCUUGCAGUGAUUAUUGCAGAGAUGGAAAAAACCGUGGAGGGCAGAAACACCCUCAACAAUUAUCUGGUGUGGCAGGCUGUGCGCGUUCUCACCCCCUGCCUAUCGCGAUCAUUCCGCGAUGCUUACAAGGGUGUGCGCAAAGCCUUGAUGGGCUCCGAUGGUGGUGAGGAAGUUUGGCGUUUUUGUGUUGCCGAUACCGGCAAUGUCGUGGGCUUUGCUGUCGGUGCCAUAUUUGUGCGCCAAGCCUUCCACGGCGAUUCCAAACCCGAAGCCGAACAAAUGAUCAAUGAAAUCCGUGAAGCCUUUAAAGUCAGCAUUGAAAAUCUCUCAUGGAUGGACAACCGAACCAGAGCAAGAGCCAUAGAAAAGGCCGAUGCCAUAUCCGAUAUGAUUGGCUUCCCGGAUUACAUACUUAACCAGGCAGAGCUGGAUAAAAAAUACGCCGAUUUGAAUGUCACAGCAGAUGCCUAUUUUGAGAACAACAUACAAUCGAACAUUUUCAAUUUGAAGAAGAACCUUGAAAAACUGGACCAACCUGUGAAUAAAACAAAUUGGGGCAUGGUUCCGCAUAUGGUGAAUGCCUAUUAUACGCCAUCGAAAAAUCAAAUCGUCUUUCCUGCCGGCAUCCUGCAAUCGCCUUUCUUCGAUAGACAUCAUCCGAAAAGUUUGAAUUUCGGCGCAAUGGGUGUGGUAAUGGGCCACGAGCUAACCCAUGCUUUUGACGAUCAAGGUCGAGAGUUCGACAAGUAUGGCAACAUUAAUCGUUGGUGGGACAACAAGAGUAUCGAUCGCUUCAAUGAGAAAACCGAAUGUAUUGAGAAACAAUAUGGAUCGUAUGCCAUAUCCGGUCGCCAUUUAAAUGGGAAACAAACGUUGGGUGAAAAUAUUGCCGAUAAUGGUGGCCUUAAGGCUGCCUACCAUGCGUUCCUCAAGACAUCCAUGGACAAGGAGGCGGAUGUCCUUAAACUGCCGGGUUUGAAUUUGACACAUAAGCAAUUAUUUUUCGUUUCAUUUGCAAGGGUUUGGUGUUCCUCAGAUACUGAAGAGACAAUUAUGCUUCAGCUGGAAAAAGACACACAUUCGCCGUCACGGCUGCGAGUCAUUGGCACUCUGUCGAAUAUGCCCGAAUUUGCCGAAGUGUUUCAGUGUAAGCCCGGGUCGAAAAUGAAUCCUGAUAAGAAAUGUGCUGUGUGGUAAAGUUAAGUUUCCUCGACAUCUAUCUCCAAAUUGUCUGUAUGUUAACUCUUCGUCUUUUUCUUCUGCUAAGUACCAAAAAACAAACAAAAAGUAAAACAAUAAUUAAAGAACAACCAAAGGUAUGUAUGUAUGAAUGUGCGUAAUUGUCGGUGAAUAGACAUCUUUUUUAUAAACGUGUUUACUUUUUAUUUUGUUGAAAACCCCUUCAAACGAUUCUAGUGAAGAAACAAGAAAAAUAAUAUUAAAUGUGUGCGUGUGAUUUAUAAUAUUAAGGAAAUUUAAAAAAAAUAUUUUUUUUUUUAUAAAAAAAAAACACAAAAACCAAGAAUAGAAACUAAAUAAUGCGAGAGAAAAACUACACAGAGCAAAUCUUAAAUCAAAUGAACAAAUCUAUUGACCUAACCUACAAAUAAAAGGUGUGUAGCAUAAGAAAUAAAUUUGGUAAUAUUGAGGCGAGAAUACAUAAAACGUCUUUUCAUCGGCAGGCUUCUUCGUAAAAGAACAUGGGAGCUUAUUUUAAUUUCAGCCCAUAAUUUACACUUGUUAACCCUAUGCUCUAUUACUCCUUGAUGAAAAAGCCUGCCGUUGACUUAAGAAAAAAAUGUAGGUUUACUUAGUUCAAUUUCGACCCUACGCUACGUUGUGCUAUUACGAAGAAGCCAGCCAAAGAAGGGAUUUAUGCAUCUUCACCUUAAGUUGUCGCAUAUUGGCAGCUUUUAGGGACAAUCGUGGUAUAAUUAAGAAGGUCAAGUCAAGCAAUCAUAUGUUUACAAUUUUUUCAAAACUUUUCAUUUGACAACAUCCUAAUGUCAAAAUAUUCAUGAAUUCAUUGUACAUUCGCAAAUCAGAGAUGGGAACCUGCUUUCUAUCCAGUGAAAUUUGACAAGGUAAAUUACAGAAAAUGCAAAGACGGGAGUGCUUAUUUGAUAUGACUUUACCUUCUUAAUUUUUCCAUGGGGACAAUUAGCUGAAUGGUCUUUCAAAAAAACCAAAUAUGUAUAAAUUGAAAUAUGAGGAUGUCGAGCGAAAACGGGAACCAAAUCUGGGUUCCUGUAACUUCAAAAUAUUUAUAGUUUUACUAAUGUUUCCCAUCUUUGGUCCUAAUUAUUUCUCUGAUUUUUUGCCUAGACAUCCGUAUAGAAAAACAUUACAAAAUAAGUAUACAAAUUUCUUCCAUGAAAAAAUAAACUAUUAUAUUUUUGUACUUAAACUAUAAUUUCUUUGAAAAAUAAAACAAAAAUUAAGAAAAAAUAAAAUAAAAUUCCCAUUCAAAUGUGGUAAAAGUCCAAGUGAUUUGAAAAAAAAAAAAACAAAAUAUUUAUGUGUAUUUUUAAUAGUUAAGAUUUGUGCCUAAAAAGCGAAAUCAAAUGAAAAAAAAAAAUCAAUGGAAUUAAUGAAACUUUAAACGUAAUACUAAACAAACAAUUCCCCUUUUUACAGUUUUAUGUCUGGAUUUGUUUUACCAUUUAGCAUUUAUGAAUACUAUCCAACCGUAUUAUACUAAAGUAAUUUAGUUAUGUAAACAUAUCCUCCAGCAAAGAAAGAAUGAAAACACACACACAAAAAUAAACCGAAGAUCCUUUUAAGUCAAAAUAAAAACCUAUCAAAUCCCAACGCAACACGAACAAAUUGAUCAAUAGGAAUAUGUGUCAUCGGGAUACAUUUUCGUGUAAACAGUAAUGAUUUGAGUUUUAGUGGGUAAUUGAAAAAAAUGAAAAUGUUUUGAAUGGUGCUACCUCAUUUGAUUGGAACAGUAAACACGCUGAGUAUAAAUUUCUUUCGAAAAAGAUUUGUAUUCAAUCUUAAAUAUCACUUCUUAAAUAUCACUUCCUGAAAUACGCAGAAGUUUCUAUAUCUUGUAAAAGUUACAGAGGUCCCGCAAUUUCCUCCAUCAUUGAUGUGUCUUAAAUGUGGACAAACCGACCAGAGGUAUAUUGGUCAGUUUGCAAAAUAUUCAGAUCGAAAACUGUCAUAGGAGUUGAUUUUUAUGUUUCUGUGAUAAGACUUAAGUGCAAUUCUUUCUUCAUGCCAAUAUUUUUAUCGAACAAUUCAAUUCCAAUGCGAACAUGGUAUAAUAUAGGUCGAUUCAAUAAAGCAGCCAGUCCCGCCGUUUGGGCAGAUUCUGUGAUACCUGUAAUGAUAGUACAUCAAGCGAUCAGCAUCGUCGAGUAAUUUCAGUAGAAUUGCGGGUGGCAGAUAAUUGCUUCCUUGUAUGUUGGGGAUUUCCUCUUGGUAGUCCAGGAAUUUUUCCACUAUCCCAUUUUCAACGCCUUGGCUUUUUUCAGGGAAGUUAAGCGCAUUCCUCAUCAUGAAGACGUCUAUCCGGCUGAAUUCUAUGGAGUUAUAAAUGUUCCUGUAUGACGUCGUCUGUAUAUUUCAUUCUCAUCAAUUGUUGGCCUCAUUCCUAAACACGUAACUUCUUUUCCAUAUCCUUAAUCUUUCCAUUUGGGCCGGAGAUAUAUCAGUCCAAGCGACAAAGCUAUAUGUUAUUAUGUGCCCCAUAACUUAAUUGUAGAUAAGCAGUUUUACAUCUGGCGACAAUCCUCCUCGCAUCCGAAAUGGCCUCUUGUAGGAGUAAUUCAUAUUUCUGGCCUUUGACAGCAUAUAAUCCACGUGACGGCAGAAGUCGAAUCUGUUGCGCAGGAUGAUUCCCAGAUAUUUAAUCCUAUCGAAAGUUCUAAUUAGUGGUAUAAUAAAGGUCGAUUCAAUAAAGCAGCUAGUUCCGCACUUUGAAUAGAUUCUGUGAUGGUAGUACAUCAAGUGAUCAUGAUCGUAAAGCACUUCUUUCGUCACGUAAUUUUUGUAGAAUUGCGGGUGGCAGAUGCUUGCUUCUUUGUAUGUUGGGGAUUUCCUCUUGGUAGUCCCAAAAUUGUUCCACUAUCCCAUUUUCCACGUAUUGCCUUCUUUCAAGGAAGUUAAGCGUAUUCCUCAUCAGGAAGACGUCUAUCCGUCUGAAUUCUAUGGAUGUUCCUGUAGCGUGGUUGUCUGUAUAUUCCAUUUUCAUCAAUUGUUGGCCUCAUUCCUAAACACGUAACUUCUUUUCCAUAUCCUUAAUCUUUCCAUUUGGGCCGAAGAUAUAUCAGUCCAAGCGACAAAGCUAUAUGUUAUUAUGUGCCCCAUAACUUAAUUGUAGAUAAGCAGUUUUACAUCUGGCGACAGUCCUCCUCGCAUCCGAAAUGGCCUCUUGUAGGAGUAAUUCAUAUUUCUGGCCUUUGACAGCAUAUAAUCCACGUGACGGAGGAAGUCGAAUCUGUUGCGCAGGAUGAUUCCCAGAUAUUUAAUCCUAUCGAAAGUUCUAAUUAGUGGUAUAAUAAAGGUCGAUUCAAUAAAGCAGCUAGUUCCACACUUUGAAUAGAUUCUGUGAUACCUGUGAUGGUAGUGCAUCAAGUGAUCAUGAUCGUAAAGCACUUCUUUCGUCACGUAAUUUUAGUAGAAUUGCGGGUGGCAGAUGCUUGCUUCUUUGUAUGUUGGGGAUUUCCUCUUGGUAGUCCCAAAAUUGUUCCACUAUCCCAUUUUCCACGUCUUGCUUGAAGACGUCUAUCCGGCUGAAUUCUAUGGAUGUUCCUGUAGCGUGGUUGUCUGUAUAUUCCAUUUUCAUCAAUUGUUGGCCUCAUUCCUAAACACGAUGCUUCUUUCCCAUAUACUUAAUCUUUCCAUUUGAGCCGAAGAUAUGUCAUUCCAAGAGGCAAAACUAUAUGUUAUUAUGUGCCAGAUAACUUAAUUGUAGAUGAGCAGUUUUACAUCCGGCGACAGUCCUCCUCGCAUCCGCAAUGGUCUCUCGUUUGAGUAAUUCAUAUUUUUGGCCUUUGACAGCAUAUAAUCCACGUGACGGCAGAAGUCGAAUCUGACGUGCAGGAUUAUUCUCUGAUAUUUCAUCCUAUCUUAAGUUCCAAUUCGUUGGUCACCAACCUUGAACGUAGGGAUGUUUCACCGGAAGCUCUUUGUUGUAGAUUGUGGUUUGCAAUGAGAAAAUGGUAUAAUAUAGGUCAAUUCAAAUAAGCAGACAGUUCCGCAGUUUGGGCAGAUUCGGUGAUACCUGUAAUGAUAGUACAUCAAGUGAUCAUCAUCGUAGAGCACUCCAUCGUCGUGUAAUUUUAGUAGAAUUGCGGGUGGCAGAUGCUUGCUUCUUUAGUCCCGGAAUUGUUCCACUCUCCCAUUUUCCAUGUCGUGACUUUUUUCAAGGAUGUUAAGCGCAUUUCUCAUCAUGAAGACGUCUAUCCGGCUGAAUUUUAUGGCGUUAUAUUCCAUUUUCAUCAAUUGUUGCCCUCAUUCCUAAACAUGAUGUCAAGUUCUUUCUUUCCCAUAUCCUUAAUCUUUCCAUUUGAGCCGAAGAUAUAUCAGUCAAAGUGGCAUAGCUAUAUGUUAUUAUGUGCCCGAUAACUUAGUUCUAAAUAGCACAAAAUAGCACGGAGAGCACUCUAUCGUCGCGUAAUUUUAGUAGAGUUACGAGUAGCAGAUGCUGGAAAAACGACGUCAAGAUUUUAGUGCGGCACGUGAAGACUUCAUGCUGCUUAUGUACUCUCACCUUUAAUCAUUUCAUAUCUGCCCAAGGGGCUAAGCAAUAGGUUAUUAUGGGACGAAAAAACUUUUUUGUAGAUAAGCAGUUUUACGCCCAGCGACAGUUCUCCUUAAAAAGGCCGCUGGUGGGCGUAAUUCUAAUAUCCAUAGGAAAAAAAACAGUGAAGACAAACUUGGUCAGUAGUACUGAUGACAAAAUCAAGAGAAGUUAUUCACCAUUGACGUUUCCUACAGGGUGGGGUUUCAAUUUGCCGCAGCUGAUCCUCAAGACACUCUUUGGGAUUAGAAAUACAAAAUGUAAAGAAAACGUGUCAUUUCGUCAUUUUUGUAAGUUUUUAUACCCUCCGCUAUAGUAUGGAAAUAUAUAUUUUGGACCCCACAAAAUAUAUAUAUUCUUGAUCAGCAUAAAAUUCUAUGGCGAUGUCCGUCCGUUUGUGGAAAUCACUCUAGCUUCCGAACGAAAUGAAGUAGGUUGAUAAAAUUGUCUGCAGGACUUUUCGUAUUGCUAAUGGGUGAUGUAGGUCCACGUUUUGGUAUAGCCCCACAUAACCUACCUACCUUUUUUCGGCAUUUUGGUGAUUUAAGCGACAUUAUUCACCGGAAAUCGGAACGGAAUCUACAACCGAUGAUGAAAGUACCUCCCGAUAUUCGGUACUUUGCUAAUUUUAGCGACAUUGUUCACGGGAAUUGUUCCAAAUUUGGUAUUUGAAGUUCGUAAUGGAAAGUACAACCUAUGACAGAAAAUUGUCUGUGCAGGUCCACUUCUUUGUAAAGGCCCUAUAUAACGAUAGCUCACAAUAUUCGGUAUUUUGAUGAUUUCAGCAACAUUAUUCACCGGAAUUGUUUCAAAUUUCAUACUGGAAGAUCCUAAUGGCUACUACAAGUUAAGACAGAAAAUUGUCUGUGCAGGUCCACGUCUUCGUAUAGCCUCCAUAUGACGGUACCUCCCGAUACUCCGUAUUUUCAUGAUUUUUGCGACAUUAUUCGCCAUAAUUGUAACAAAUUUCGUAUUUGAAGUUCGUAAUGGGCACUACAGCCUAUUACAUAAAUUUCGUAUACAGGUCCACGUAUAACGGUACCUCCCGAAUUUCACCUCACCGAUUUUUUAUUCAAGUUCGCAUUUGAAUAUUGCAAUGUUUUAUGACAAAAGUUGCCUUUGCAGGUCUACGUCAUCGUAUAGACCCUAAUAUAACGGCUACAUUCGGUAUUUUUAAGACUUUAACAGAAUUUUUAACGGAUUUUAUUUUUCUCGAAAAUUGCCAAAAUCUUUCCAAAUGGUGGAGGGUAUACAAAGAUCGGCCCUGCCGAACUUGCAGCUUUUUUACUUGUUCUCAUGGUGAGGUCUGCCGAACUCAAUGUUGUGUUCACGUUUUUUUCGAAAUAACCAAUUGUAAUUUACUGCUAAAACUUCAGAAUCAUUACUGUUCAAAAAGCGACAUAGAAAGCUGUUAUGCCAUUUCCUAUUGAAUAAUAUCAAUGCAUAUUUAAUGCGUAUCAUCGUAUUCAAAUUAACAGCAACAAAUAAUAACAAUAAUGGACAUGUUGUUAUUAUUGUAAUAUCAACUCAAUAGAAUAUUUUAUUAAUAAUUUCUGUGAUUUUACCAAAGAAAUUAUGCACAAAAAAUAAUUUAAGUAAUCAAAAGAAAAUCGAACAAAUACAAGAAAAUCUCUAUGUAAGCCUGGAAACCCAACGGUGUAAUGGAUAACAUUUCACAAGGCCAAAUUAUAUUUUUAAAUAAAAAUAAAAGGCAUUUUUUUAAUGACUUUCAUAUGCGUUUUGAAAUGUGGUUUCCCCCCUCUAAUUCCUUUACAAAAGAAAUUAUUUUAAAACCAAUUAAAAAUCAUAAGUAUAAUAGGGUGGAUGGGAUAAUGUGACAAGCACAAAUCUUCGAAGGUAACAAAUUAUCUACGAUGCUACGUACCAAAGAGAAAUUAUAAAAAAAAAAUGUUAUUUCGAAGAGGUCAAUAUAACCUCUAUUUAUCCCCUCCACCCGUCGCUGUAAAAAAGUUAUAAUAUUUUAUACGAUUUAUUUUUUAUUUGUGAUUUUCACAAUUUACCGAUAACAUAAAAUAGUAAGCAGUGUUCCUUUACAUUUUUGCGUUCAAAUCUAAUCAUGUUAGACCUUAGCCAAACUAAGAAGAAACUAGUACAUAUAUACUACUCUAUAUAAUAAUAAAUAUAUAAAUAGUAAGUAACCACAGUACAUCUAAUGUAAAUUAAUCAAAAAACUAAACAAAAACGAUGUAAAAUGUAUUUCAAGCAUUUGUAUUUUUUGUGUUGAGUUUUUUUACUUAAGAGAACAAAAUGGAAUAAAUAAUAAAAGU